AUGCCUCUGGACACGAUAUACCUGACUCGCCACGGUCAUCGUCUCAACUGGACGAUUGAUCACCGCACCGGCACCUACAAACCGCAGUUUCCAACACCAACUGGUAACCCUGCCGACCCUGCCCUAACCUCACACGGUGUUCGCCAAUCGUACGAGCUUGCGGUACACAUUGCUCGCCCAGAUUUCCAUCCCAAGCCUUUUCGGAUCUAUUCCAGCCCAUUCUACCGAUGUCUGCAGACCAUCCAGCCCUCAGUCGAGGAACUGAAGCGCAAACACCAGGAAACUAAAUCCGAAAAUGGAACUGGCGCCAAGGUCUCUUCACACGGUCAAAUUGAACCCACGGCAGACCUAGAUGUAAGACUCGAGAACGGACUAGCCGAAUGGUUUGGCCCGACGACCUGGUUUCACCACCCGUCACACCCGGAACCAAGUACGAUGCGCAAGUAUUUCCCGACUCUUCUGCAUGCGACCCCAGAGAGCAAGUACGCGCCUAUUUUGCGUCCAUCUACAAGAGGCGAGACAAUCGCCCAAUUACACAAUCGGGUCGCCACAGCCCUGGAGGGGAUCAUCGCCGAUGUGGACGCCGAAAUCAAUGAGCUGGAAGCAGGCCAAUCUCCGCAAGAGCGAACCAGCAAGUCCUUGUUGAUCUGCGCUCAUGCCGCGCCUCUUAUUGCCAUGGGACGGGCAUUGACCGGGAAUAUGCCUGAGGACAGCUCUGUCGAGGACUUCUACGUAUUCACGGCGGGAUUGAGCACUUUCCGACGACGGAACCCGUCUGGAAGCGGUGAGCUGAAGCAGGGUGAAGGGAUAUUGGCCAAUGGCACGGAACUAUACCGGUCAAAUGGUGUCCCUGAGUGGGAAAAUGGGAAAGGUGUUGGGGGUGGAUGGGACUGUGUGUCGAAUGGCGACUGCAGUUUCUUGAGUGGUGGUGCCGAACGAGGCUGGCAUUUUAAUGGGGAAGAGGGAUUCGAUACCAACUCUAUGACCCCAUCGGAACCGCCCGUUGGUACGACCAAGCUAUGA